AUUCGCAGUCGUGACAGUUGUCGCUCGAGCACGAGGUGUGAAUCAGUGCUCGUAACAGUGGAACACGGGUACCAGCGCCAUAAACCUGCCAGCACUAAGUGGACAAACGUGUAUAGCAAUGUGCGGCUCUUACAUGGUGUAAGACACAGUAUACGUCACACCAUUGUUUUCUUAUUUCCAGUUGUGAUGAAAUUCUAUUGUGACGUAUACUGUGUCUUCUACACCAAGUAAGAUGUUCACCGGUAAAAUAGAUUGUGAGAUAUCUUUUAAAUCAUAGAGACACGGCGUUUUUGAGGAAGAUGGUAUUUCAGAAAAUAAGAAGAUGAACAUGUACUGUAGCGAUGGCGAUUUCCUCUUCUCGAUUUCAGAGAGUCACGCUGUAUUCCUUGCUGUUUUUGGCGAUGAUUCUCGUUUACCAAAUCUACCAUCAUGGAGGCAAGCUGCUUAGCAAAAAUCAACAAGAACGAAAAGACGACUGGACCAAGCAUUUGCGAUCAAAUCAUGUGAAAUUGUCUCGGACAAAAGCAGCGAUAGAAUCGCCACAGCCUAUUCGAAGGGACUUGAAAAAAACCGCCGAACAAGGGAAUCCAAUAUUGCAGAUGGAAGUGAAGAGAUUAAAAACCCGCAUAAAUCAGAAAGAUAGUCUUAUUGAAAAGCUGACUGCUCAGUUAGAAAAGGAAAAAUCUCGAGCAGAGAAAUUGAAUCAGGUGAUUGGGAACUUGAAGGUUGAAAACACGCAAUUACAGGCGGAAGUCGAGAGUUACUCUAACGGGGUCACGAGCGGUAGAAGUGAACAAAACACUGGCCUGAAGAAAGAACUCGGUUCCCUGAUUAAAACAUCUCCAAAAAUCAGCGAUAUUCAUAUAUCACAACGAAUUCCAUUUGAGAGUUUCGCCAAAACGCAUCUCUUCGAAUACUCCCCUAAAAAGAAACCGAAAGAAUAUAUUUUCCAUGGUCAAAAUUCGAACACGCGGAGAGUAAAAUCCGGAGAGCGCCAUCUUGUCCAAGCACAAGAUAUCGGUGUUAACUUUAUCAACACAAACACGUCAUACCACGUAAGCCGCGAAAACAUGGUGGAUGGAGUCUACAGAAUCGAUAUCAACACUGGUAUUGAUUAUGAACUGUAUUUCAAAGAUCCGUCAGCGAAUAAAUUUAUCACAGUGCGGCUUAUUCGCCCAUUAGGUGUUCUGCAACCAGUUGCUCUGCCAGAAGACAAUAGAGGUCCGAAUGAACUUAUAAACUUAAUUGUUCCCUUAUCUGGGCGCCUUGAACGAUUUCAACAGUUUAUGGAUAUGUUUGUGGAAGUGUGCAUUAAAAUUGACAAAAACGUGUUUUUGACAGUGGUCUUAUACGGAGCCUCGGACUUCAACACUGUAAAAACUACCCUCAAAGAUCUGGAAGUUACGUAUGGUUUUAAAAAGUAUCAACUUAUCAUGCGGGAUAAACCGUUUUCUCGGGGGAGAGCUUUACAUGAUGGUGUCAUGUACUGGAGUAGCAGCCCGAAAAAUGUUUUAAUGUUUUUCUGUGAUGUGGACAUAACGAUUCGCCCUGAUUUUCUUCGAAGGUGUCGCAUGUACACUCAAAGGAAGGAAAAAAUUUAUUAUCCGAUGGUGUUCAGCUUGUUUAAUCCAAAGAAUGUUUACGAACAAGGAACUAUUCCACCACCCGCAGAACAACUCAAAAUUGGUAAGAAAUUGAUUUCAUUUCUAUGUUUAAUUCACUCAGUAAGUUAACAGAAAAUUGCUAGAGCAGUCCGAAGAAACUUCAAGUUUAUGCAUUUUGUAGCAAGUCUUUGUCUGCGCUGCGAGUACUGAGAGCUUCUCGGAUAUAAUUCGGUUCCUUAUGUUUUCUUUCUUUCUUUUUUACAAUACUGUUUAGAGAUUUAAUUUUCCUUUGCGCAAAUAAUUUCAAUGGGUGAUCUAUGGUAAAAUCACAUUUUAUUGUUAAACGCUUAAAACAAAGAUUUGCUAGAGCCAUCACGGUAGCUAUCUUGGCGGGGACCGAAAAUCGUGGGCACCAGUCCAGUGUUAACCACAAAUCAAAGUUAUUACACUAUUUGUUUUUAUGGAGUUAUAGUCACGGUCGUUACAAAGUGAAAUGCACUCUUUGGUUUUAGUAGAACAAACUUAUUUCGACUAAAUCGACAUUUUUCCCUGUUUUAUGCGGUCGUCAAAACCAUGUUGUAAAUGUCAAAAAACACCUUCGAACGUUUCUUUAGAUUUCAACGUUUUAAUUUAUUGUAGACCGGAAGUACGGCUUUUGGCGUGAAUAUGGGUUUGGAAUGACUUGUCAGUACAGAGCAGACUAUCUCCGUGUUGGUGGAUUUGAUUUAAACAUCGAAGGCUGGGGAACUGAAGACUUAGGAUUGUACCAAAGAUAUCUGCAACAAGCAAACAUCAGGUGAUAUUAAUGUUUCACUGUAGCUCUUCGAUUUUUCACCUGUCGCGUAACGCAGAGCUGCCGUUUUUCCGUCUCCCUUUAAUUGUCUUUAAUGGAUCAACGAAAAAGCAACCAGAAUAUAAAAUUAUCAUUUUAAUCAAACUGACAUAAGAGAAUUGAAGUAAUAUAAAGGAGCUACUCCUCACAGUAAAAACCUGUCAUACCCGCCGAGGAAAAUCAAAAAAGAACCUGCGAAACUGAAAGGGUCGGUUAUUUACGCAAGGUCUAAUAAAGUGUAGUGGUAAUAUAGCUUUAAAAAGAAACUACUUAAAAAAACCCACUUCAGUUUGCAUGAGAUAUGUAAUUCCGUAUUCACUCUCACGCGACAAUUUCUCAACACCCGUUCCCUUAUUUACUAUUGCUGUUUAUCUCUGACGAAGAACUUGCGCUCGAAAUGUCAGUUUAAGAAACUCUUCACGGUGGCCAAUUUACAUCAUAAAAUCACUUGACAAAAACAAAAUAACCAAGUGCUACCCCACCGACACAGCAAGUCAGUUUCUUUGGCAACUGACCCUAUUUAUUAUCACCACGGUUUGGCAGCCAUAAAUUUAAGGCAUUUACAGUAUUGUUUACUUUUAAUCUGUUUUAGAAUCAUUCGUGCCCCUGACAGAGAUCUUUUCCAUCAGUAUCACGACAAAAAGUGCGACCCUAGCCUUUCUGAGGAGCAGUACCGGUCAUGCCUCGGAUCCAAGGCAAAAGUUGAGGGAACACACACUCAGAUCGCUAUACAGCUGACAAAACUUAGAGAGAGGUAUGAACCAGAGUCACAAUCUGAGAACGGUUAUUGAGAUCAAACUAUUGAAAGAAACAAGUGCCAGCCCGUGACACGUGACCGUCACGAGGUGAAUUAAGCUGCCCACACGAGGAAAUCAACAACAGAUACAACUAGAGACAAUUCCAGAGCUGGGCGCUGCCUUUGAAUUCAAUCAUGAACUGAGUCGAUUGUUUCAAUGGCGACAGAUCACAUCAACGUUGGGAAAGUUACGAAAUGUUGUGUUUGUUGUAACUUGUCUGGAAAUUCAAAUUUUACAAGAAGUUUCCGUUUGAAUGGAACCACAACUCCAUUCCCUUUUUGAAUGGGAUGUUGAAAAUUGCAACAAAUUGUCGUUCUUGUUCGAUAGAAAUUAAAUAAAUACAGAUAUUGCUAAAAGCUCCAUUCAUGUUUGAAUUAGUGUGUGGUUAUUCUUCA